CAUAAGGCUGAAGCAACAAUCAUGUCGAAGAACGCAAAGGCAUUUAAUCACGUCGAUCCUAAUAUUAUAGAAGUGAAAAGCAAGUUUGAAGCAGAGUUCAGGAGAUUUUCCAUAAACCGAGAGUCUUCCACACAAUUUGAGGCGUUCCAGAAGCUGCUCGGGGAGCUCCAUUUCCUACAAGACAUUCCAUUUCUCGUCUGCUACACAGACCCAAAAGACCAGGAACUUUUACCAAUUAAUAAUGAUGAAAAUUUUGUAAAAGCAGUGUCCACAGCUAAACCUAUUUUAAAACUCCACAUUCAGAAAAAAGGAGAAAGCUGGGCUGAAUUCAAUGGCUAUGGAACGUUUGGGAAGCGUCGCAAUCCAAUCAUCAGUAAGCUUAUCAAAGAAGAAGUCAAGCCGAGGCCUCACAUCGCUAUUAGCUUGCCAGAGGAUUUCCGUAGGGUGUCGGCCAUUAUUGAUGUAGACAUUGUACCUGAGACUCACAGACGAGUGAAACUAUGCAAAAACGGUUCAGACAAGCCUCUAGGUUUUUAUAUUCGGGAUGGCACCAGUGUACGGGUGACCCCCCACGGACUGGAAAAGGUUCCAGGAAUUUUUAUUUCUCGGUUGGUGCCAGGUGGUCUGGCCGAGAGCACGGGACUGUUAGCGGUGAACGACGAGGUCCUGGAGGUGAACGGAAUCGAGGUUGGGGGGAAAACGUUGGACCAAGUGACUGACAUGAUGGUGGCUAAUAGCUCCAAUCUCAUCAUCACCGUCAAACCUGUCAAUCAGAGGAACAAUCCCGUACCGAAACGCGGAGGCGUUGGGCGCGAUUCGCAAAUGUCGCACGCCUCUCAGAUGUCUAUGGGGUCCACCGUUUCCGUGGCUUCUCAGGAAAGUGAUGAAAUUCGUAUUGUUGAGGAGGAAGAUGAUGAUGUGAAGGACCAUACGCAACUGAUAAACGAUACGAGCCCAACAACAAGUGAAAAAGAUCAGGACAGUGCAGUGGUGACAUUAUAGUGCCCGCCCCUGUUUUGUGGAGUCACACAUAUUUACAUACUUUCUGAAACAGUUGUUGACCCCUUUCAUAGUAUGUCAAAUAUUCUGGCAUGGGGGAAAGAACACAUGUAAAGAUGAUUGACCAAUAUAUUUUUAUAAAAAUGAAGAUAUAGACAAUUUUAAAGAUAAUGACGCUCUAGCCCAUGCUUUGCAAGUCACUCUAGCCAGGAGAGAACUUCAUCAGCAGCUGAAGUAUUCACCAAGUUAGAAGUAUAUGGAAAUCAGAUAAAUAUGAAGAAAAAGCCAAAGAAGUAGAGGCAGAAUUUGCUUAGAGGAAAAGCGGUGAAAAUGUGAAGUACUGAAGAUGAAUGCAAAGAUAUUUGACUAAGGACUUGGAUUGUAUCUUGUGAAGUUCUUAAUGCCUUUCAGUGCAUGCUAAGAGAACAUAUUUGGUCACACUGAAAAUGUGUGCAUUUGAAUUAAUUUGCAGCUCAAAAAAAUUACAGUUUGUGCUUAGAAAUUACCAAAACAACUUAAGUGAUUCAAGUCACAGCAAAAAGAAAAAUAUUCACUGUUGACUUAUGAAAGGCUUUCUGUACUGAAGACUGAUGUGUAUAUUUGACAAGUAGAGUAGUAUGCAAUUUAAGGUUACAAUGACAAGUUGAAAAAAGAUUUAAAAAGAUAGGAAGAGCCAUCUUUGAGGUAGAUAUAUUUAUAUCUUUACAGGUAAGAUUCACAAUUGGUUAAGGUUACAUUGUAGGUGAGCAGGUUAGCAAUUACAUGGAUUUCACGUCAUUUUGAAAGAUUUAACAUGUGGAAAGCAUUUAGAGAAGUAGGUUUAGAACAAGAGACUCCAUUGAAUUGAACUUCUGCUCUAACUUUUAUGCAUAAUAUUUGGAAGAUCCUUAGAGUGUAUAAAAAUGUAAACAAGGCUUAUCCUGCAAAUAUGAAAUUUUAUCAAAAUUUUAGACUGAAGAAGUGAAAAGAAAGUUAUUUCAUUUCUUCAAUAUUUUCAUUGUAAAGACCCCAAAAGUUUGAUAAAGACUUCACAGUGGGAAUGGAUGUGACAAA